CCUAUACCGCUGCAGAUGGAGGACGCGGCGCUCCGUGCCGGAACAAGACGAUAGUCGCUGGAAUCCGCCAGAGCCGAACAGAAUGAAGCGCGGACUGUAGUGUUUGCGACAGGCGCGUUGUUCUCCAUCGGAGUCCAUACAGAGUUGAGGACAGGCGCACUUGUCCGCUGUGGCUCGGACUCUAUAUGGAGGGAUGUCGGAAUGGCUUGCACCAGGAGAACCAAAACUUUGGUGUCUACGUGUGUGAUACUAAGCGGCAUGACCAACAUAGUGUGUCUUUUGUACGUCGGAUGGGUGACUAAUUACAUCGCAAAUGUGUACAUCAAAGUGCCGAUGCCUGUCCCAGCCAAAAAGUUGGAAGGCGACAGGAAAGGAGAAACUCUGCGGAUUAUAGAGCGACUGGAUCGGCUGGAGAACGUAGUUAAUCAGCACAUACAAGAGUCCCCGCUGAAAGGAGAUGACAAUCAGCUAGAUCGAUCUUUUUCCGACUCGUCCUUGUUCAACCACUGGGGCCAGGAUCUGGGGCCGGAGAGCCGCAGAGUGGCCCUCAAGAUGUUUCAGUAUUACGGCUACAACGGUUACCUCAGCGACCGCCUCUCUAUGGAUAGAGCCAUCCCAGACUACAGACCUGAAGGGUGCAAAAACACAUCUUACCCGUCCAACCUCCCGCAGGUUAGUAUAGUCUUCAUCUUCGUGAACGAGGCGCUCUCAGUCAUUCUGCGCUCCAUCCAUUCGGCCAUGAACCGGACCCCGCGCCACCUGCUCAAAGAGAUCGUUCUGGUAGACGACAACAGCAAUAACGAUGAGUUAAAGGAGAAAUUACAGGACUUUGUCAAGGAGACCAACGGCAAGCAGCCCGGUUUCAUUAAAAUGGUGCGGCACAGCAAGCAGGAGGGGCUGAUCCGCUCACGUGUGAGUGGCUGGAGAGCUGCCUCUGCCCCUGUGGUGGCCCUGUUUGACGCCCACGUAGAGUUCAACACUGGCUGGGCUGAGCCUAUUCUCCAAAGGAUCAAAGAAGACAGAACCAGAAUUAUAUCUCCAUCUUUUGACAAUAUCAAAUACGACACAUUUGAGAUUGAAGAGUACCCACUCUCCGCUCAGGGCUUUGACUGGGAACUGUGGUGCCGUUAUCUGAACCCACCAAAAUCCUGGUGGAACUUAAACAACAGCUCUGCUCCGAUCAGGAGUCCGGCCCUGAUUGGCUGCUUUGUGGUGGACAGGGAGUACUUUGCAGAGAUCGGUCUGCUGGACGAAGGCAUGGAGAUUUACGGAGGAGAGAAUGUGGAGCUGGGUGUGAGGGUGUGGCAGUGUGGAGGAAGUGUGGAGGUGUUGCCCUGCGCCCGUAUCGCCCAUAUUGAGCGUGCCCACAAGCCCUACACUGAGGAUCUCACUGCCCACGUCCGCAGAAAUGCACUGAGAGUGGCUGAAGUGUGGAUGGAUGAGUUUAAAAGCCACGUCUACAUGGCCUGGAACAUUCCACAAGAGGACUCAGGGAUAGACAUCGGUGACAUUGCAGAAAGGAAAGCGCUGAGGAAAAAACUGCAGUGCAAGACCUUCCGCUGGUACCUAGUGAACAUAUACCCCGAGAUGAGAAUGUACACGGACACCAUCGCGUACGGAGUGCUUAGAAACUCUCUGAAGACUGACUUGUGUCUCGACCAAGGGCCAGACACUGACAACAUUCCCAUCCUUUACCUCUGUCACGGGAUGACACCUCAGAAUGUAUACUACACCAGCACUCAGCAGUUAUUCGUGGGCAUCCUGAGCCCCACCAUUGACGAUGAUGACAACAAGUGCCUGGUGGAUGUGAACGGCCGGCCACGGCUCAUUGAGUGCAGCUACGCUGUGGCUAAACGCAUGAAGCUCCACUGGCGUUUCACUCAGGGAGGCUCCAUCCAGAAUACAAAGUCGAAGCGAUGCCUUGAACUUGUGGAGAACAAUGACAAUGAGUUUGGAUAUCAGCUGACUCUCCAAAAAUGCACUGGCCAGAACUGGACCAUCACCAAUAUGUUGCCUGGUAGCACCUUAUGAUGGUACCAUCAAGACUGAAGAGUAUGUGGAUCUGGGAGGACUGCAUUGGCAUAUGACGACAAGCUUAAGCACCUGGAUGUCUCUAUUUGACUUUGACAUCAUAUGAUAAAUGUUAAACAUUUUUCCUAGCUACUGUACUUGUGCAUACUGAUAAGCCACAUUUGGCAGAUAUUGCAUUGUGUAUUAUGAGGUUCUACACUGUACUGAGAUUUAUUUUGUGCAAGGUAUACUUGGUUUUGUCUUGACUUGAAGGUUGUACCGGCUCCAAUGCACACAUUGAAGCCAUAAUUGCUACUAUGUAGCAAAGCUUUGGCAACGUUCUUGCUGUAUUUCUUUCUAGUGUCUCAGGUUUGUAGGUUGAGAUUAUUUUGAAAUAACUCUGUACAUUUUUGGGACAUGCCAAUAUGUUGGAACUUAUCUAGAUACAAUCAACUAUUUUAUAUCUACAUGUAUAGUAAAUAUUCUCAGUAUUUAUAAUUAAUGGCAGUAAAAAAACAAAUGCGACGACAA